CGUUUUUUUUGUGUGUUUUUGUUUGGCUAGGAAUCGACCUUGACAUAAAUGAGGGGACGCGGUGACGACCCUCGAAAGGACAUCGGUACCUGUCUAACCAGUCUAAUAUUUCGGCCUUUGCGUAAGCGUAGGUCUGAGUUUGUUUUGAGCAGCAGCUACGUAUACAUGUUUGUGAUCCUUUCGCGCUGGUGUCAGAUAUAAUCUGAGAAGCGGACAAAUCCCGGAGAAAGAUGACUAUUGAGUUUGACCUUGCAUUGGUUUUGACCAUUCAUAGUGUCCUCAACACUACCUGCGUGCUCUGGAGGAUUCUUUCUAUGCUGUACUGGAUGGUGGCUACACAGAAAGGUCUGUGGAACAACAGUGGCAGCGCAUUUGGUCUGCUUCUGGCAGUUGUGGGUCUGAACGGUCUGACAGAUUGGCCGAUAGAACACUUUCACUUCAACAGCCAGAAUGUGGUCAUCAUGGAGGUUCUUAAUCAAGUCUUGCUGUAUGUGUUAGUGUUCCUGGUCCACAACAUGCGAGAGGAACGAGCGAUUCCAAUGUCCAUCAGACAUCGCGUGUGUUACGCCCUGCUUGUAGAGAAUGCCGCAGCCUUCAGCCUGACCUUGAACUACGUCCAGACCGCGACGCUCGCCACCACCCUACUCGCGCAGCGCUUCGGGUUCGAGACGGAGUUCGUUUCGAGCCUGCACCUAAUUUUCUUCGCGAUCUGCGUGAUGUCCACCGUUUCCGUAGAGUUUGUCUACCUGCACAAGUUCCGGUGGACAGUUGCGGCACAUGUUCCAAUCCAACUGUGGGCUUCUACCCUCUAUCACCAAUCAGCUAUAAACGGCAAAAUUGUCUGCGUCCUGAUCGCCUUAAACGCGCUAUUGGUGUUUAUAAAGCUUGUUCCUGAAAAAUGUAAUUAUUAUCUCACUUUCUCUCUUAAAAAUAAUCAAGAUGAAGGUACUGAUCAACGGGCUUUGAAGGUCUAGAUGAUUCGGCAAUGUAUGGAUUAAGAUAAUUUCCUGGAGAAAUUUCGAAGUCAUUGUCAGUAAAAAUGUGUCAUAGUAUGGUUUCAUUGUUGUCAUGAUACAAUGGUGUUUCCAUGCGAAGUCAUAGUCCACUACAUUCCACGAUAGAACUCAUCAUUCCAUGAUAGAAAUAUUGUAUUUGUCACCGAGAAAGAUAGAAUUAUCGAGAGAUAUCAAUUAUGCUAAGAUUAAACUUUUAUGCUUGUGUUGUUUGGGUAUAAAAGAUGAUCAAGUUAUAUUUUGUUUGCUAAUAAGGAUCUUAUUACUUGUAUUUGCAACUACAUCACUGUCAUCACUUGAAAAUCUUCACCAUUUGGUGAAGGUGUGAGGUGGUGAAACUGUACUAAAGGAUUUCUUGCAUGUUUUGUUAUAACGAUUAUUCCAAUCACAUAAAUAUGAAUCAAAGCUUAUAAUCAUAUUGACAGUCAAGCAAAAGUAAUGGUGCGAAAUGGUGUCAGUGAGCUGUAUAUUUUCCUGUGAUACACAGAAACAUUGCUUUGGUAUAUAUAUGAACGUAAGGGAAAUAAAUCUAAGCUUAAUAAUAAAAGGAUGUGUAGUUGGUGAAUCGUGGUCACUUUUUUUCUUCCCACAUCAGAACAGUUUAUUUACAAAUAUUCAUGAACAGUUAUCUUCAUGCCUGUAGUGCUAGCGCUUGGGGGGCUGAUGUUUCACACGGCCUUGUAGAGGCUGGUGUUUCACACGGCCUUGUAGAGGUAUGGUAAUUACUAUGGUGUAAUCACCGAUGUGGCUGCCAACAAACAAAAUAAUGAUGGUCCAAGGACUGACCCAAAUGUUGAUACAAAAUAUGGUAUAGGUAAAUUCGCCAUCUGCCCUUUGUCUGAUCUUCCAACUUUUAUGUUCUAUUCCUAUGCUUAAAACCUUGAAUGAAUAGCCAAAUAACUGCAAAUUUACAUCAAGACAAAGAUACACAAGCAUACAAACGGGUUAAAAUAAUCAAACAGAAACAAACACCCAAACUGAUUACAACA